AUGGCCUCUCAAUCGAAGAUCGAGACAAACACACGAGAAGUCCCAAGUCUGAAGCUGAGGGGACGUGAUACUGAGGAAGAGAUACCCAACUGGCUCGUAGAACUUCACACAAAGGGAUGGACAGUCGUACCUCAGACAAUACCCGAAGAAAAAGCUCUAGCAUAUGCUGAGAAGGCAUAUCAAUGGCUUGAAAGUUGGAACCUUGGAUUCGACAGGCAUAAUUCAAAUACUCGGAAUGCAGCACAUGUCCCUUUCCACACGCGUGGAGGGCUGUACAAUAGAUACGGUAUUGGCCAGGAGCAAUUUAUGUGGGACCUGAGAUCGGAACCUGGGCUCAUAGACAAAUUUGAAAAGGUCUGGGGAACUAGAGAACUGCUCGUGUCUUAUGACGGCAUGAACCUAUCUAUCCCCGAAAAAGAGCGAGAAAAAACAGAUCCCAUUUUUGCACCGUGGGCUCAUGUAGACCAAUCACCCCUCAACAGUGAAUUUAGCUGUGUCCAGGGCAUACUAAAUCUCCUCCCGAAUGGGUCUCAGGACGGAGGACUUACGGUGUUUGAGGGGUCUAGCGCCCUUUACACUGAAUUAUGGAAGCAGUUUGAUCACAAGAAAGCAGAGAACGGCUGGAAUCCUGAGGCAUUCCAAUUCAUUGAUGAUGAAAUGGCUCAGUGGCUGGAAUCUAAGGGUUGCAAAUGGAUUAAAGUGUGCGCUGAUCCUGGAGAUUUGUUGUUAUGGGAUUCGAGGUGUAUUCAUUAUGGUGCUGUGCCGUCGUCUACUAACGACCGUUUUGCUGCUUACGUCUGUUACAAACCCGCAUCCAGUGUUAUAGAGGAAGACAAAAAGAAGCGCCUCGAUGCCUUCAAAAAUGGACAAAACACUACCCACGAUCCUGCCAGCUUCCUAGUCAAGGAGCGUCUUCCGCCAGCAGAGCAUCCCUCGUACGAGGCUGCAACCAAGAGGUCAUUCAUAAAGCCGAUGCUGUCUAAGCGAGGUAGAGAAAUAGCCGGCCUUGACUCAUAUUGA